GGUACCGAAAACAAACUAAGGAAAGAAAGGCAAAUGGCCACCAUUUCCAUCCACGCACCGGGAGCAACAGGCUUCCUAUACAACAACGCCUCUGGUAAAGCGCGACUGUGCAUUUCGGCUGAAACACCGGAUUUCGACACUGAGACCUUGCGGAACUGGCGCGACGAGGGCUUCGAUGUGAUCUAUGUUCCGUAUGACGGUGACGCGAGGGAAUAUGUUGCCCGACUGAAGAGUGUGAAGGAGGGAUUGGGGGUGGGGGAGAACUAUGCGGUUCUGGCCUUCGGGGACGCUGCUUCAUUUUGCUUGGACUACUACCUCAAGCCCACCAACUGUAGUCGUCUUUGCGCUUUGGUCACCUAUUAUCCCACCAAUAUCCCCGAUACCCGGUCGCGUUAUCCGCCUUCUGUCCGGAUCCUGACACACUUGGCUGGGACCACUGUUGACGUGACGACCAUUCCGACUCUGGUGGGACUGCAGGGGAAAAAGAAGCGGAGUACACGGCAGAUUAACCCGGGGAUGGGGACUGGCGAGCGACUGAACAUCGGUCAUACGGCGUAUACGUAUGAAUAUGUGCAGCCCGGGUUUGCAGAGCAUGAUCUAGAUGAGUAUGAUCGACUGGCAUGCGACCUGGCGUUUAGUCGAACGUUACAAGUUCUCCGGAGAGGGUUCAACAAGGACAUUGAUCUUGAGGAGAAAUGGGAAGAACAUCUUGAAGCCAAGUUCUUCUCCAUGAACCUGUCUAACACCAUGGAACCAUAUGUGAGCCAUGUCAACCCUGCGGUAACAUACGUCCCCACAGUAAGCGGGGGCAUCGGCAACCACGCUUUGCGGCGCUUCUAUGAGCAGAGCUUUCUGCGCCAACUACCGCCUUCUAUGCGGUUACGGUUAAUCUCGCGGACAAUCGGGGUUGAUAGGGUGGCUGAUGAAUUGCACGCGACAUUCAAGCAUACGCAGGAGGUGCCUUGGAUGUUGCCUGGUGUGCCGCCUACUAAUAAGCAGGUGGAAGUUAUCUUCGUCAGCAUUGUCAGUCUGCGGGCGGGUAGGCUGUACUCUGAGCAUGUAUACUGGGAUCAGGCGAGUGUUCUGGUCCAGGUCGGAUUGCUGGAUCCAAAGCUUGUCCCCCAGGGGGUGGAUGGGGUUGAUCGGUUGCCUGUGGUUGGACGGGAGGGUGCUAGACGGAUUUUGGAGGAGAAUCCCGAAGUUGAAAGGAAGGAGUACCACAAUCGGCUAAUUCGCAGAGCGAAAGCCAAGAAGAAAGGCAAGGAUGGUGUGACGCCUGGAGUAGAGGAGUCUGGAACGGAAUACUUCAAGAGCGAAGCGGAGAGGCCGCUAGACAGCGGUAAGGGCAAGGGAAAGACUGUUCAGAAACAGCCAUUGGAGCAUGGACCAGAGGGCAACGAGAGCCACAAGAAUGACAAUGCAGAGGAGAAGCAGGACAACAAGGAGGAAGAAGAAGAAGGACAAGAUAGGGCUCAAACACCUACCCCGUCCAAGGGCUCUGCGUCGGUGGAAGAUGCAAAUGACGAAGAAUGA